CUUCUUGCCGCUCAGCAGCAACAACAGCAAUAGCCAUCUGUUCCUGAGCCUCCUCCUGUGUCUGCAGCUUCUCCCAGGACCAACCUUCAUUUGUCCUUGCCUUCUAAGUAUGACAGGGAUCACAAGCUGUAUAGAGGCUUUGUGACACAGUAUUCUAUCCAUCUAGAACUCAUGGCGGAUCUGUUCCCGACGGAGCAUGACUUUGGAGAAGAAACAUAGCUUGCAGUACUCUCUGAGGCAUAUCAUGGACUGGACACGAUGGUUGCUAUCAUUCUUUGUGGUAUUCUGUAUUUUACAGAAACCUAUUCAUACAGUAGACUUUCCUCCUCCAUGUGACAGUGACAUCUAUUGCACAGGAGAUAUCCUCCAUACUGUCCAGCUGGCCAAGAUUUUCAGCGAUGAUAAACAUUUUGUGGACAUGGGUCUCCUGGAAACACCAGCUCAAAUAAAAAAGAAGUUUAAGGAUCUGUUGAAAAGAUCAAGAGGACAAAUCGAUAAAGAUAGGCUUAUUACUUUUGUUAACACAUCCUUUGCUCAACCUGGAACAGAAUUUGAAGAUUGGGACCCGUUGGAUUGGCAUGAGAAUCCUGAGUUCUUGUCUCAUAUUGCUGAUCCAGAGCUCCGUUCAUGGGCUGCAGACCUAAACGAUCUUUGGAAAGUUUUGGGUAGAAAGAUAAGUCAAAAGGUAAAGGAUGAACCAGAACUUCACUCACAAAUCUAUGUUCCGAAUCCUGUUAUAGUACCAGGAGGUCGAUUCAAAGAAUUUUACUACUGGGAUUCCUACUGGGUGAUCAAUGGACUUCUUUUGUCAGAAAUGUACGACACAGCCAAAGGAAUGAUAGAAAACUUCCUGUAUAUGGUGGACAGCUAUGGAUUUAUCCCCAAUGGAGGAAGGGUAUACUAUCUGCGAAGAAGCCAACCACCAUUCCUGACCUUGAUGAUGGAGAGCUACAUGUCAAGUCAAAGUAACAUGACUUUUCUCAGGGAAAGCAUCAACCUACUGGAAAAAGAGUAUGAUUUUUGGAUGACUCAUCGGAAUAUUUCAGUGGAACAAAAUGGAAAGACCUAUACGCUAAAUCGCUAUUAUGUACCAGUAGGUGGUCCGAGGCCAGAGUCAUAUUCUAAGGAUUAUGAGCUAGCUGUAAACCUCACAGCAGAUGCAAAUCAAACUUUUUAUUCAGAGCUAAAAUCAGCUGCUGAGUCUGGUUGGGAUUUCUCAACACGUUGGUUCAUUGGUUCUACAAACACUCUUUUGGACACAAAAACAAGUGAAAUAAUUCCUGUCGACCUCAAUGCCAUCUUAUGUCGGGUUGAAAAAACAAUUGCUAAAUUCUACAAUGAUUUAGAUAUGACUGAGAAGGCAUCUAAAUUUCAGUCUGCCCUGAACCAGCGACUUGAAGCUGUACAGGCUGUACUAUGGGAUGAGAGUCUAGGGAUCUGGCUGGACUAUUCUAUAAAUCAGACUCGGAGGAAUCAAAACUUCUAUCCCACUAACUUGGCUCCAAUUUGGGCUUCAUGCUAUACAGAUCCAGACGUUGUGGAGAAAGCGGUCUUCUAUUUGGAGACAAGUGGCGCACUAUCAUAUCCGAAUGGACUUCCAACUUCUUUAGAAAAUUCUUCCCAGCAGUGGGAUUUUCCAAAUGCCUGGCCACCCUUACAGCACAUGGUGAUAGAAGGUUUGGAGAAGACCCAGUCUAAAAGAGCAAGGGAAAUCGCAUUUAGUUUAGCUCAAAAGUGGGUUAAAGUAAACUUUGAUGCAUAUAAGAAGUACAAAGCCAUGUUUGAAAAAUAUGAUGUUGAAGGUGAUGGCAAACCAGGUGGAGGAGGGGAAUAUGAAGUACAGCUCGGCUUUGGAUGGACCAAUGGAGUAAUUAUGCAGCUGCUGGACCUCUACAGAGCUCGCCUGACAAACUCUGCUAUCAGCACCUCAUUCUCUGGAAUACUUUUCACACUGCCUAUAUUAACCAUUACUUUUUGGGUAUAACCCCACCCCCUUUCCCUAUUUUACUACAUACAUACAUAUUUUUAAUAGGCUAAUUCACUUGAUUGCCUGGCAGUAGAGUCGGUAUAUUUUAUUUUCUUUGUUACUAAGCCUUGUGCACAUUUCUCUUAUUUUCAACAACCAAACAAACACAGAUCAUGCAGUUUCUAAUGACUUUUGUUUCCAUAGUAUGCCUCCUGCCCUUCUCCAUUAAGUGAUGAAACUAGGCUAAAUCCUAAAUCUACUUUCAUAUUUCUUGCUAUUGACUCUUGAGAGAUUUCCUAUGUAUCCGUCUAUAGUCUGCCUAUUACAUUUAUCCCAGGUUUACUAUGACAGACUAGGCUUAGGCUGUUGGAAAUGGUAACAAAUGCAUAUUUCUUUAAUCUAAUAUAUUUACAAAUAAUGCAUUUAGUAUUACCAGACAUGGAGUGGCCUUAAUAAACUUGGUAGAGUUAAUACAAAUGGGAUAUUAUGUAUUGUCUCUGUUAUUAUAUUUUUUCUAUACGUUCCACUGUGACGUGCAUUAUUUGUAUUUUAUAUACAAUUUUAUUUCUUUGAUGAGUAAAAAGCAA